AUGGAGGGAAACAAAAUAUAUAUAAGCAACGAAUUUAAUCCUUUAAAUAUAUCAAAAGAUACAAAAAAAAAGGAAAAGGAAAGAAUUAAUUCAUUAGAUAAGUUAGAUGAUGAGAUUUUAGAGAAUGAAUAUUCAAAUAGGUUACACAAAGAAUUAAUAUUAAAGAAUAAGAAUUUUAAAAAAGAUAUAAAUUUAAUAGAAUUAAGUUAUGGUGGUAAUUUAAUAAAGAAUAAAGGAAUAUUAUCUAAAGAAAAUGUUGUAUAUUUAAGUUGUAAUAGUUGUAUAUUAUUAAUCGAUUUAAAAAAGAAAAAGAAAAAAAGAAUUGUAUUAUCUUUUGAUAUAGAUAGAAUAUUUUAUUUUUAUGAUAAGAAAUAUAAAGAAGAAUAUUUAAUUAUAAAAGGUAUAAAUAAUUAUAUUUAUAUAUAUCGUAUUAGUAAAAAUAAAUAUGAUUUUGUCAAGAAAUUUUUUAUUAAGAAUUUAUUUUAUAUUAAUAAUUUUGGAAGUAAUGGAGAAUUAUGUUUUGCUACCUGGGAAAUAAAUCAAGACAAAAUGUAUACGAACUUUUUUCUUCUUAGAUUUAUAUUUCAAUAUGAAUCUUUUAUAUAUGAAAAUUAUGAUAAUAAUCUAAAAAAUAAAAAACAAAUAGAAAAACAACAAUAUAUUCAUACAUUAAAUAAUCAUAUAACAUAUUCUUAUGAAUCAGAUUCUGAAUGUAAUUUUGAUCAUAAAUAUUAUCCUCCUGAAUUACAAGUGUCUGAAUUAUCAGACAAUGAAAAGCAACAAACUAAUACAUUAAAAAAUUUAUAUAUGAAUAAUAUAAUAAAUGAUGAUAAAAAAAAAAAAAACACUCAUAAUAAGAAUAAUAUAUAUAAAAGUGAUGCUUAUCUUCAUGUAACAGCCAAAUUAAAAAUUAAACCUAUUUUAAAAAUAAAAUAUAUUUAUUUUUCUAUGAUAGAUAUAAAUAAAAAAUUAAAUAAAUUAGUAUUAUCAAAUAAUAAUAUAAUUAUUAUAUAUGAUUUAGAAAGAAGAAGUUAUAAUAUUAUAUCCUUUAGAAAUUAUAUCUCAUCUAUAAAAAUAAGUGAUGAUAAUUUCUUAGCAGUAGGUUUUAUAAAUGGAUAUAUACAUGUCAUAUUAUUUGAAGACAUAUUAUCGAAUAAUGAAGAAUAUAAUAACAAUGACAAGAAUAAAAAUAAACAAUAUGAAAAAAUAUUUAAUACUAUGAAACCGUUUCAUAUGUAUUCCGGGGCGGAUUCUUUAAAACCGGUCUUUCCUUAUAUAGCUGCCUAUGAGGUGGACUAUAUGACAGGCAAUAAUGAAAAUAAUAAUAAUAAUAAUAAUAAUAAUAAUAAUAAUAGUGGUAGUGUUAAUAAUAAUAAUAAUAAUAGUGGUAGUGGUAGUGGUAGUGAUAGUGUUAAUAAUAACAAUAUUGAAGAGACACAUGAAGUGAAACUUCCCCCUCUACUCAACAUACCUUAUAUUAAUUUCGAUUUCAAUAAAAAUAAAAUUAUUAAUAUUUACAAAUUUCAUCUUAUAAAAUAUAAAUGGCACUCACAUUCUGUGUAUAACCUUGAAAUUGAAGGAAGGAAAAUAAUUUCAUGUGGAGAAGAAGCAGUUAUAUUAUUUUAUGAUAUAGACAAAGCAUCAUAUGAAUUUAUUUCUCAUUUAGGGGUUCCAUGUUAUUAUGUAUAUUUGAAUAAAGAAAAAAAUCUUAUUAUUUGUAAUUCUUUAAAUAAUUGUAUCUUGUUUAUUAAUUAUAAUCAUCGUUUGUUUUUCUAUAAAUAUAAUGGUAUUAACAUGCCUUUGACCUUAAAAAAUUUAUUUUAUCAUUAUACUAAUAUAGAAUUAAAUAUAAAAAAUAGUAUGAACCUUUUUAUGAGUCAAAUAAAUGAUGAAUAUGACUACACACGAAGUAUAUGUGAUCAAAGUAACAGACAUCCAUUUUAUAAAAAAGAACACAAAAAUAACAACAUUUUUAAUAAUACUACAUAUGAUGACAAUAUGAAUAACAUUAGAAAUUGUGAAAAUUAUUCAACAGAAGAUUCUAGUGAUGAAUCUAGUAAUGAAUCUGGUUCCCCUUCCGAUGUAGAAGAUAUGAUAUCAUUGAAUAAAGAAAAUAAAAAAGAUGAUAUGAAUAAAAAAAGGAGCGACGACCCCAAGCAUAACCAAGAUAAUAAAAGUAAUGAUAAUAAUAAUAAAAAAAAUAAUGACAAUGAUAAAAAUAUUGGUAGUAAUAAAAAUAUUGGUAGUAAUAAAAAGAUGGUGAGUAUAAAAAAUGCGAGAAAAGUAACAAGAGAGGAAGAUCUUCUUAGUUUCCAUUAUAUAGAAAAAGAAUUAGAAAAGAAACUUUUUAAUAAUAGUAAUGUAGAAAAUAAUUUAUAUAAAAAAUAUCAAAUGUGUUUUUAUUGUGAUUCUAAUAAAGGAUUAAUAUAUUGUUUUCUAACAUCUUUUUCUCAUUUACAAUUAUAUAAUAUAGAAAAAGAUAAACAUGAAAAAUAUUUAUGUCCUUUAAAUAUGACAUAUAAAAGUAGAACAAAUAUUGAAAAAGUAAAUGAUAUGGAAAUAAUUUUUUUUUGUUUUAAUCAUAAUAGAAAUUUAUUAAUGACAAUAGAAAAAAGAAAUUAUAUUAUGCCCUCAUUAUUAGAUUCUUCAUCACCAAAUUUAAUACAUAGAAUAUAUACUAUAAAAUUUUGGUUACUUGACAAAUAUAUGGAAUAUAUAAAUAUAUAUGAAUAUACUAUUCCUUGUAAUAUUAUAGCUUAUGAUGGACAAGAAACAGAUAAUAUGUUUAAUACUAUUAAUAAUAAAAUAUUAAAUGAUAUAAAUACAUAUGGUAAUGAUAAUAUAUAUGGUAAUGAUAAUAUUUAUAAUAAUGAUAAUAUUUAUAAUAAUGAUAAUAUUUAUAAUAAUAAUAAUAUAUAUUGUAAUAAUAAUAUAUAUAGUGAGAAUGAAAAGUAUCUAAUGAUAAUAAGUCAUCCAUUUUUAAACAUGUUCAUGCUAUUUGAAACCAAUGGAAAUAUAAGUAUAUGGUGUUUUAAUAAAAGUGAAAAAAUAUUUGAUAAAUGUAUCUAUGAUGAUUAUGUUGUAGAUUGUUUAGAGAUGACUAGCGAAAAUAUAAAAAUUAUGGAUAAUAUAAUAAAGGAAAUGAAAGGUACAGAUAUUCAUAAUAUAUAUAAAAAAAAUAAUAAUGAAUAUGACCCCGACAUGUCUGAAAUAAAUGAACAUAAUAAUAAUAAUAGUAAUAAUAAAAAGCAUGUUGAAGAAAAUAAUGAAACAGAUUUUUGUAGUAAUAUAAUUACUAUUAUAAAAAAUAUUAAUUAUAAUAAUCAUAUUAUUUUAAAUGCUGAUAUUAGCAUAGAUGGAAAAAUAUUUUGUUUAUGUCAUGAUAAAUUUUUUACUAUAUGGGAUACAGUAACUUUAAAAAUAUUAGCUGUUAUUAGACAUCCUUUAUAUACAUCAUUAAAUGAACAGUUAUUUAAUUUAUAUAAAGGAAUAGAAGUUAUACAAUCUAAUUAUAGUGUAUUUAUAUUAUUUUUUUCUUUUGAUACUAUUUUUAUUUAUGCACUUGAACAGUUCCAUUUAAUAUAUCAAGAAAAAUUUAAAGGUAUUAUAGAAUAUAUAAAAUUUGAUAAAUUUACAAAUAAAUAUUUAGCUAUAGGUAUAACAAAAAGAUCAAAAAAAAAAAAUCAUCAGCUAAUACAAAAAAAUUAUAUAUAUGAAUUUAACGAACAUUAUUUAAAAAGAAAAAAAUUAUUCUAUUCCACUACACAAAGUCCAAUAUUAUUAGUAGAUUUUGCUCCAUUCAAUAUUUUAAAAAAUAUUAAUAUAAAUCAUUAUCAUAAAUCAACAAUAUUAGUUACAUUAAAUUCAAAGUUUCAAAUACAUACAUUUUAUAUUAAUAAUUAUCCAAACUUUUUACAAUUAAAGUGA